CCAUGGUGGAGAUGGACUGUAACUCCUUCCUCUCAUUGGCACCAGCUAGGUAGAGAAAAAACUGUAAAGACAGCGAACAGUGAAGGUUGGAUUUUGGGGAAGGGAAAGAAUUGGAUCUUAUCGAAAUGUGCCCUAGAUCAAAACUUCAACAACAGUGCAUCAAGUACCUCGGUCCUAUGGAAAGGAUAGCCCAUGAAGUAGUUGUUGAUGAUGGAAAAUUCUUACUCAAGCAAACAGGGGAGCUCCUUCACACAACUGGGGAUUCUAAGUGGAUGUUUGUCCUUAGCACAUCAAAGACCUUGUAUGUUGGCCAGAAGAAGAAAGGUACAUUUCAACACUCGAGCUUCUUGGCUGGAGGAGCCACAAUUGCUGCUGGAACAUUAGUUGUUGAAUAUGGAGUCCUUAAGGCAGUUUGGCCUCACAGUAGUCACUACAGACCUAAAAUGAAGAAUUUGAAGGACUUCAUUUCAUUUCUUAGGGAGAACAAUGUGGAUCUUACGGAUGUUAAGAUGACUAGCUCAGUUGGCAACCAAAAAUACAGCUCAUCUGAGAAGGAAGUGGCAAUAGCAUUGAAUAUCUUAGGGACUGAAGUGAUCAAUCUUAAAGACUUGGUCCAAGAGAAAACCGAUUCAGUAGAAGAAGUUAUGGUAGCACUUGAGCGUUCCAAGACAAAGAGGUUGCACAACCCUAGCGAAAAUAUGACUCGUCUUGAAAUACCAAAAAAGGAUGAAAUGAUUGGAGGGUUAAGGUUACAAAAUGACCAUUUAGCUGUUGGGCCAAUUUGUAAUGAUUCUUCAAUGAACUCUCUGGUCGAAGAUGUGUGUGGAACAUCAGAGGAAGUUUUUACUCCAAAACAGCAGAUAGUUGAUGAAAGUUGUAAAGAGAUUGAAACCAUUAUGCAGGAAUCAAUUCUGCUAAGGGCCAACCCGGAAAAGAAAUCAAAUUCUCCGUCACAUUAUAGUGAGGAAAUAACAAGAAGCUAUAUAUACCCAGUAGUAAUUUAUGGCAAAGAAGCAUUCCUUACAGAAUACAGUCUUUGCUUUGUUGAAAGAAUUAUUGGUUGGUGCAUCUCCCAGUGUAUAACACAUUUUCAAUUAAGCAUGUGCCUGAUAAUCAGGAUAGAUUAUUUUAUUUUACUUUUGUUUCAACGAAUCAGUGCAAUGAGAAUUUCAGUGGAUACGCUCUGCCACUUACACAACACCCUGAGUAGUUAGAAUAGGAUUAAGCUGCAGUUGAUUGUGUAAAGCCCUCUACAUAAAGAGCUAAGGCUGUA